AUUAGAAUGGACAUCGAUACAGUUAGGAAGGCUCAAGAAGCGCAAGCGGCAAUGUUCCAUCAGAUGCUGUAUUGUCUCGAAGCUAUCCGACAACAGGGCGUCGGUUUAGUUCCUAUGGCCACAUCAAGCUCACAGGAUCCAGCUGUGAUUCCUGGAGUUCCUCCGAGCACUAAUCCUCCCACCCCUCCUACUUAUCAAAUUGCUCAUCCUCCACCUCCUGCCCAAGCUCCCGCUCCUGCUCCACCCAAUCCUCUGGCUCCUCAACCACCUAAUCCUCCCCCUCCCCCUCCUCCCCCACCUGUCCAGAUGCCUGUGACUCCGGCUCCGACUAGGUCUGUGCCGAGUGCACCCAGCUACAACGAGCCUGCUACUGAAUCCGGUCCAUCGAGAGGUCGGUCUGGUCAGGACGGUACUCCAACAGGGGGAGGUUUCUCUGGCAAGCUGGCUGGGAUGUUCGCCUCGGUUGCCGGCAACAGCACCAGGAGGCGUACCAGCGGCAUCUCCAUCAACGAGCCCACUAGUCAAGAGUUGGGUUUCGAUUGCAUCAACCGAGGCAAGAAGGCAGCGGUUGCCGGACCUGGGAAGGAGGGGAGAAAGAAGUACGUGGAGGAUUUGAUUGAAGUCUUGUUCAACAAGACCAAGCACGAGCUUGAAGAACUCUGCAAGAAGCACAAGAUAAAAUAUGUGAACAAGAAAAUUACCUCUGUUGCGCUGGCGCGGCUUCGAGGUAUUGACGCGUAUGGUGAAGAAUCGGAGGAGGGCGAAUCUGAGGAAGAUUCUCAAGAGGAGAACCCCUCCCAAUAAUCCAUCAAGGCCUCCUCCGCAUGGCUCGAACAAGAGAAUGUAAGACGAGAAAGGAAGACUAAGGGCUGGCGGGGGAGUGAAACACGUUUUUUCGACCACUGCAUGAGGUUUCUUGUUCUUUUUCUUGCUUUGUCUCAACAGAUAGCCUGGGCAGGAAAGUUUAGAAAUGACUGGCGAACGCUACUGCAGGAAGGGAUACAGUUGUGUGAAUAUGAUGGACCUUGUGUUUAUGUUCUGAUUUCUCCUUGGUACCGAGCCUCUUAUAUCGGGUCUACUACGAG